AUGCUGUGUGGACUGCCACGACUGAGCGGAAGAUCUACCGUUGCAGUUGGCACAUUCUUCCCCAUUGCUAUCAUCACACACCACCUCGCACAUCCUACACUGUACACUGAAGCAUGUCCCGGUGGCCUCCCAUGCUACACGCCCACAUAUCCAAGCGCUGCAACAACCAUGACUCUAGUAAUACUUGCCGUGAUCAACAUCAUCACUGCGCGAACCGUCCCGAAACUCGUCGAAGACAUAGUUGCGAGUACAUCAACCGACAAACGCUCAGGAGAGUCUCGCUCCAUCGCCCGCAAAGUGACCCUGUUCUUCUCCGGUCUAUUAUUCGCUCUCGGCCUUCACAUCUCCGGCAUGGCACACCCAGCAAAAGUAGCCUCCUUCCUGUCGUUCCCCGUCAUGAACCAAUGGGACCCAUCCCUCGCCCUCGUCAUACUCUUCGGCGUGCUACCGAACCUCGUCGAAAUACAGCGAAAGGGCUUCAGCAGUCCGCCAUCAUUCUCAGAGAAGUUUUCGCUACCGACGAAGACUUUCAAGGACAUUGAUGCAAAGUUCGUGGCUGGAGCUGCGGCGUUCGGUGUGGGGUGGGGAUUGACGGGUACAUGUCCGGGUCCAGCAGUGCUGAGGGCUUUCGCUCAGCCAGUUUGGGGUGCUUUGUGGAUGGGUGGGUUCUGGCUGGGUGGUAAAGCCAUGUCUUGA